AUGAACAAUUUAUUGUUAUUUCUUGGUUUUUCGAUUCUUUUUAUUUCACCAGUGUUAACAGCAGCUACAAAACCAACAACUUCACCUAAAAAGACAUCUGGAGGAAAUGGGGUGAGUUAAAUAGAAAACAUUUUGAAAUUUAAUUUUGGCAUAAUUUUUAAGCUUGACGAAAUUAGUGGAGAUACAAAUUUGGAAUUAUUCAAAAAGUAUAGAUGUCGUGUUUGUGAAGAUAUUAUGGUUGAUAAUUUGGAACUUGUAGAUGGAGAAUUGGUAAGUAUUCUAAAUUCAGAAUGAUCUAGAGAUUCCAAAUGUUUUUAGAUAAUUAAUGAAAAAGUUGCUGUGAAAAUCUGCGAGACUUUCAUGACAAAAGUGCUUCAUAAUCAACUUGGAGGAGUAGUUUGCAAAACAGUUGUUCGAUCGAAACUCGAUGAAAUUAUUCGAGGACUGGUUUCAACAGAAUCUGAAGUUAAGAUGGGUAAACUCAUAUGUACAAGAGCGCAUCUUUGUGAAAAAUAA